AUGCCACCCUCUUUCUAUUGCAACUUUUUCUUGCUAGCCAGUCUAUGUUGUGUGCUCCCUGGCUCCCAGACUAAAGGUUACCAAAAGAAAGGCGCCUCAAACCAUGACAUCAACAACCAGGAACUCCCCCAUUGCCAGAAAAUUACCCAUACCAUCACCGACAUCUCCUUGUUCUUGCUCCAAAAGGCAGUCCAUUGGCCCAAACAACCCAACAUUAUGUUCUCCCCAGUGAACAUCGUGGCUGCCUUCACAAUGCUCUCCCUGGGAGCUAAGGGCAGCACUCACCAACAAAUCCUGAAUGGGCUGAGGCUCAAACUCAGAGAGAUGACUGAAAAGGAGAUAUACAAGUGCUUCCAACAUUUCCUCCAUACACUCUUCCAGCCAAACCAGCAGCUCCAGCUGACCAUGGGCAGCAGCCUGUUCAUCCAAAAGCAUCUGAAGAUGUUAGACAAGUUCAAAAGCGUGGUUACAGAGUCGUACCACUCGGAAGCCAUUCCCAUAGACUUCACGAACAUUCAAGAAGCCAUGAUGCAGGUCAACAAACAAGUGGAGAGGCAAAGCUAUGGUCAUAUAGUACAGGUGGUCAGGGAACUGCCGCUAGACACAGUUCUGGCCUUGGUGAACUACAUCUACUUUGAAGGAAUCCAGAACACUGAAAUUCAGGCUGAGCAUGUAAUAAAAGAUAAGUUCGGCCUGGACACAGGCACUGUGCUUUUUGUGACCAUGAUCAACCGCUUGGGUAAAUUUUACCUGCACAAGGAUAAGAGUCUGUCCAGCUGGGUGCUGAUACAGCACUAUGUAGGGAAUGCCAUGGCCUUCUUCAUCCUGCCAGACCUUGGGAAGAUGCCGCAGCUGAUCCAAAACCUGAGCUAUGAGUACAUCUUUAGCAUCCAGAGGCACAUUAAUCCAAGGUUUGCCAACUUACGUUUCCCCAAAUGUACCAUCUCUGCCACCUAUGACCUGAUAGCAGUCAUGAGGACGCUGGGCAUCACCCAGGUCUUCAGCAACGAGGCUGACCUGUCAAAAAUCACAACAGAUGGUCCUGUGAAACUUUCUCAGGUUCCUGCUCUGAGUCCGACCUCACCGUACUUAGGCUGGUCCUAA